CCCUUCCCACAUCUGUCAACAUGGAUUGCAAUGACACGGUCACCGCAGAGGUCUGCAAGGAGGAUGACAUCGGGGAUGGAGAGCUUCGUGAGGUGAUGGUGGCCGGCUACCCUGUGCUGCUGGUGAGGAACAAGAUGGAGUUCAGUGCCCUGGGCAGUAGAUGCCCACACUAUGGCGCACCGCUCAGCAAAGGGGUCCUGAGAGGGCACAGGCUGCGCUGCCCUUGGCACGGCUCCUGCUUUAACAUCAAAACCGGAGAUAUUGAGGAAUACCCUUCUCUGGACUGCCUGCCUUGCUUUAAGGUAACAGUGGAAGAUGGAAAGGUGUUUGUUACAGCCAAAAAGAAGGAUCUUGAAAGCAGCUUGAGGGUGAAGGACAUGAGCAAACGAUGCCUUCUCAACCGGAACACGAUGCUUCUCCUGGGGGGAGGCGUGGCUGCCCUGGCCUGUGCAGAGACACUUCGCCAAGAGGGCUUUACCGGCAGGAUCAUCAUGGUCACCAAAGAGAAACAUGCUCCAUAUGACAAGUCCAAACUGAGCAAGGAAAUGAACUUAAAAGCUGAGGACAUCUACCUGAGGAAACCUGAAUUCCUAUGUGCUCAUGGCAUAGAGCUCUGGACAGAGAAAGAGGCAGUGUCAGUGGAUUUCCAGAAGCAGAAGGUCCGCUUCAUGGAUGGUUCCUCUCAGAAGUACAACCAGCUGCUCAUUGCAACAGGUGGACACUCCAGCUUCCUCAAAGUCCCAGGUGCAGACCUGCAGAACGUGUGUCAUCUUCAAACCCCAGAGGAUUCGAGCAAGGUCUUAGAGCUGGCAUCUGGGAAGAAUCUGGUGAUUGUAGGAGCUUCAUUCAUAGGAAUGGAGGCAGCUGCCUUCCUCUCAGACAAGGCUGCUGCCAUCUCGGUGGUGGACAAACAUGAGUUCCCUUUCCAGAAAACGCUGGGUCCUCAGGUUGGAGACUUUGUCUUGAAGAUGCUGCAAAGUAAAGGAGUGAAGUUUUACAUGAAAAAGGAACUCCACGAGCUGAAAGGGAAGGAUGGAAAGGUCACAGAAGCCAUUCUUGCCAGCGGAGAAAAACUACCUGCAGACGUGGUGUUGAUGGGAAUAGGGGUGUCCCCCAGCUCUGCAUUUCUGAAGGGCACCCCUAUCUCCAGAGACAACAGUGGUGCCAUCCUGGUGGAUCUGUGCAUGCAAACCAACAUCCCAAAUGUCUUCGCUGCUGGGGACGUGGUUUCCUUUCCCGUGGCGCUGCUCAAUGGGGACCACUCCAGCAUCCAUCACCAACAGGUGGCCGAGGCCCAUGGUGAGGCUGUGCUUCCCAGCUCCCCUCAGAGCCUCAGCAGCUUCCCAAGGACCUCCAGGAAACAAAAAUUUUCCCUCUCAUGGUCCAUCGCCGCAGGUGCCAUCGCUGCCUUUAACAUGUUGAAGAAACAGAAAGAGUUGCACACUGUCCCCUUCUUCUGGACCACGAUGCUUGGGAGAAGCAUCCACUACGCAGGCUGUGGGAAGGGCUACACAGACACUGUUCUGAAGGGCAGCUUGGAGCACCAGAAGUUCCUGAUCUUCUACCUCAAGGAUGGCAUCGUGACAGCAGCUGCCAGCCUGAACUGUGACCCCACGGUGUCUCUGAUUGCAGAAGUUCUAUACUUGGGGAAACAAAUCUCUAAAGAAGAAGCAGAAGCGUAUGAUAUCAACGACAUACCCCAGUGACAGCGAGCUAAGCUUCGUUUGUGCACUGCCACAGGGGGCACAGCAUCAACCAGGAGUUAAAGCUCAACUCAGAGCGAGAGAAAUAAAGCAGAAGCAAAGCUGGCUCGAGUACUUGCAUUUUGUGUUUGCGCAGCCCUUGGCUGCUCUUUGCACUCUGGGGGCAAAGCAGAGCUGUGCUUUCCCUUGUCUCCUAACCAGGGACCUGCUGGGCUGGGCAAGAGGAGUCCACGCGUUCCCCAACCCACCACCUCCAGCUGCUCCUCCUGCUCACUGCUGGCAGGGAGCGUUCAUUCAGCACACCCCGGUCACGCUGACCUUCUGCUCUGCAGAAGCACAUUUUCCCAGCGAGGGGAACUCUGAGUGAGGCAAGCUGCUCUCACAGCUGGGAACAAGACAGUCCGUGUGCAGGAGCUCACGCCAAAGAACUCACUCCUAAGGACAGAAGGCUGCGAGCCGAUCUUUGAGUGAGCAGCACCUGCUGGCAUUGCUACAGCCGUCGUGAAUAUUGCAUUAGCUGCCGCAGCGAGUGCUUCCCAAUCCAGCAACCCCAGCCCAGCUGCACGCAGCGUGGCAUCCCCAGUGCUGGCUGCUUCGAGGAGGAGGAGGAGGAGGGCGGAUGCUGCAGGAAACGCAGCCUCAGCGCCGGAGGAAAGAGUUGCAUGGUUUUGCAAGGCAGCAGCAAGCGAGGCCGCGCGUUCUACAGGAAGCACUGCACUUACUCACCGGU